GGUGCUGAAAGCAGAAAAACACAUCCAGGCUCCAGUUACAGUGCAGCUGCAAAGGGAAGGCAGGCGGCACACACGAGACAAAAACAUAAAACGAAUCCUUGGAGAAAGAGACUGGAGUAUGAGUGCUUGUGAGGAUGAAAGGCACACAGCCAGAGAACUAGGGGUGUAGGAAAAGAAAAGGAGAGGGAGAGUGGAUGACGCUCUAGUAGAAGGUGGAUACAGUAGGCAGUGGGCGUGUUCUUCUUGUUGUGAUCUAUAGUUGGGAAGCCCGGUGUCAUCUGCUUAAGCACAGACCGACUAUACAGACCGGUGUGUGGACAAGCAGGACGGAGAGAGCUGGCAGGGAAUGCCAUGACUGGAAGCGCAUACCACUCUGCUUAACCUUCAUGGCCCCGUGGAUGAGGAUUUCUUUCAUCUGUGCGACACUCUGAGACAUUCUGGCAUAUUAAAGCAGAAGGAGAGACAUUCUGGGAAAGAAGCAUUAGAAAGAGUGCCUGGUCUGCAACUGCAAGAGGAGUUUGAUGUGAGAGUGUGUCAGUGUGUAUUUGUGACAUGGUUGCGGGUGCGGUCUGUUGCUACGCUGCGUCUUCCCUCUGUCUCUAGCAUGUGCAGAUGUGUGAAGCAGUGAAGCUGGCACCUGGCUUGGAGUUUGGCACCAUCUGGACUGGAGGGGUUGCAUCUCCCUUUUGUGCCCAGGGGAGGGAGCAUUGGGCUGGGCACCCAAUGGCCUACCUCCCCUCUAGCACCAGCCUUAUCCUGGGUCACAGGGACUCCUUCUAGCAAAUCAGUCAGUUGGGCCAUACAAUGGAUGGAAGUCUAUGUGGAUCUAAGUGGAAUAGUGCACUGGUGCUCCAGCGUAGGUCAGAGUUCACUAGCGUGCACUGGACUUCUCAGGGGAGAACAGAAGACACGUUGGUCCACAAACCAGCAGGGACACAGCCCCAUUAAUGCUGUGGGAAACACUUGAAGAAUGAUGAGCUCCAAAGAGGAAGAAACUCUCCGUUUUUUCCAAUAUGUUGAGGAGAAUGGGCUGAGAGCCUACAACGGCCUGAUAGCUCAGAACUUGGACCACGCCAGGAAUGAGAGAAAUAGGACAUUCCUGCAGGAGAAAAACGACAAGAAGAGAAAACAGGAGGAAGCCAUAAGGAGGACGGGUGAAGACAUAGCAACUGAAGGCAAGCACUUGCGUAUGGGCUCCAUUACCAUGCCAGACCCCCAGGAACGCAUGCCCAUGCCCCACCCGCAUGCCCUCGCCUGUGGGCAGGGCUUCUCCGUACGCUCCCAGUCCCUCCACUCUGUCGGUGGUGGGAACAGCGGGGGCGGAGGAGAGGAGGAAGUGGGAAGCCCGACCUCUAGGAAGCAGCCCCCACCCAAGCCCAGGAGGGAUCCGGCCACCAAGCUGAGCAUGUCAUCUGAGGCGGUGGACCACAGUCCCAUGUCCACCUGCCGUGGGGAGAGAUGUGACGCAGCUCAAGGAUGCAGCGAGGACUGCAGGCGGGUGCCGCCACCCAAACCUAAGAGGAACCCCAACACACAACUGAGUGUUUCCUUCGAUGAGUCCUACAUCAAGAGCCACGGAGGCGGCAGCAUUUGCCCCUCCAAACCACUCCAUUACGUCACUUCCCCCUGUGAACGCAACCCCUCGCCUCCACAGAGUGAUGAGAGCCCCACAGAUGACUGUGAAGAUGAACCUGUCUAUAUAGAGAUGGGCGGGAUUGACGUCGGAGCACGAGAACCCCUGAAGAGUGAGGACGAGGAGCCGGGUGAAUCUGUGUACGAAGAGAUGAAGUACCCAGCUCUUGAUGAUAUGGAGUACCGCACUGACCCUGUGGGAUGUCGCUCCGCAUGCCCGACCCCAGCGCCCUAUGACCCUGAACCUCUCAGUCGCUGCUCCACACCUCGAAACAUUCCCCUGUGUGAUAUUCCUGCACCCUUUCCUAAUUUACUUACCCAUCGGCCUCCGCUGCUGGUGUUCCCACCAGCUCCAGCCCAGUGCUCGCCCAACUCAGACGAGUCUCCCCUCACCCCUCUAGAUGUAACCAAAUUGCCCAUGCUGGAGAACCAAUCCUACAGCAAAUCCCCAACAUCCUCCACCGAGCCACCUUCUUCUGCACACAUCCGCAGGGAGCUCACUGCCACCCCAACCCUCACCGUAUCUGGCCGCUCCUCUGCGCCACCUCUACCCUGUACCCUCUACAAAUCCUCCUCUUCAUCCUCCUAUCAGCGAAGCCACUCUGCUUGUCCAUCACCGGUCAGCAUGGGUCGCUGUCUCACCCCUCUCAGCCUCAUGCGUACACCUCCCUUUGACACUCCAAUGCCAUUCCCUGGGGGGCUGCCGCGGAGUGCCUCCGCCACCCCUCACGGCAAAGGCUCGCCACCUCAAGAUGGUGUGGGUCGACUCCAUGGCUCUAUGCAGAACGUAUCAACAGGGCGUUCUCGGACACCCACAAGCCCGCUGGACGAACUUACCAACCUGUUCACCACAGGCAGGAACAUGCUGAAGAAAAAUUCCAGUGGCAGGAAGUCUAAAGAACCCGGAGAGACUGAGUCCAAAAGCAAGUCUCACGAGUCCAAGCGUGAAGGCAAGGAACGCCACAGCCACAGCAAGGAGUCCAAGCGAGAGUCCAAGGAUCGCCACAGCAAAGAAUCUUCUCAUAGGAGAGACAGAGACAAAGAUAGAGACAAAGACAGAGACAAAGACAGAGACAAGGACAGAGACAAGGACAGAGACAAGGACAGAGAUAAGGACAGAGACAAAGACAGAGACAAAGACAGAGACAAAGACAAAGAAAGAGGGAGCAGCAAUGUAGAGUCAUUGUCCCACAGACGCAACAGUAAAGACCGUACUUGUAGCGGUGGAGAUGCACCACUCGUUCGCAGGGAUAGCAGGGACCAGGGCUGCAGCAGUGUGGAGCCUAUCCAAUUGAUGAGAAGAGACUCCAAGGACAGAGGAAUUAGCAAUGGGGACCUGAUGCCAAGGAGAGACAGCAAGGACAGAGAGAGACUGUUAGAUCAGCCACCCGAACUGUUACCAAGACAAGACAGCAAGGAAAGGGCAAGAAAUGGUGUAGACUGUAGACAUGAAAGCAGAGAACGACUGCUGGAUCAGCCACCUGAGCUCUUACCGCGACAGGAUAGUAAAGAGAGAGCCAGGAAUGGUAUGGACUCAAAGCACGAAAGUAGAGACAAGCCACCUGAGCUUCUACCCCGACAAGAGAGCAAAGACAGAGCUAGAACUGGAGCAGAAUAUAGGCAUGAAAGCAAAGACCACCGUCCUGAUUUGUUACCCCGACAGGACAGCAGAGAGAGAGUAAGGAAUGACAUUGAGCAUAGACAUGAAGGAAGAAUAGACCAGCCACCUGAGAUCCUACCCCGACAAGAAACGUCCAGAAGCAGCAACAGCAAGGACAGGGUUGGCUACAGCUCUGAAUCUAAGCAUGAGGGGAGAGAUCGGAGCUGCCACAACGGAGAUCUUCCUCCUCCUCUUCUACCCAGGCAGGACAGUAAAGAUCUGAGCAGAACUGGACUCGAAGUGAGACGGGACAGCAAAGACAGAAGUCUGAAUGGCUCAGAGCAGCAUCAUUAUGAUGUCAAGAGCACAAAGAGCCCUUCUGCAAUGGAGUAUAGGGGUGAUAAUAAAGAACGGGGAUACCGAUCAGAUGGCACACCUAGACGAGAUAACAGAGUGAAUUUCAGCAUGGAACAUUCAAAAGCACAAGAGAGGAAUGGCAGCACAAUGUCAGGGCAGCAUUCAUCCACAACGACACCAACUCACCACGGGAGAUCGUCUGGUAGCCCACCGAUGACCACGGGAACAGGAAAUGAUCUGAAAGCAGCACCCAAGUAUGGUCGCUCACCCUCUAUUCCUGCUAACCCCUCCCCAAUGGGAACUCCUCAAAGGAGAGCAGCAGAGACACAACACAGUCAGAUGCCCCAGAUGCCAUGGAUCUGUGGAGACACUACCAUGCUAGAACAGAUCGAGAGGAAACGCACCCUCUGCAUGGAGAUCCGCUCCAGACAACAUCCACACUUGCAGAGAUCUCUGGAGAGGCCUCCUCCUCCUCCGGACAGGAACGAGGACAGGCAACAAGAGCGGAGUCAGUGCAAGCAGGAAAGCGCAUCAGUCCUCCCAGGCUGGGGCAAAAGCAGUGGCGCCAAAAAGAUCCGUCCUCCCCCCUACCCAACACAGACAACUGUGUUCUGGGACACGGCCAUCUGACAGUAACAAUACACUUACCCCUCCCUGCCACACAACCCACAAUUACCCGCUCCCUCUUUCCUCUGGGUUGUGCUGAUUCUUCCCUGCAACAUCAGGGGCAUCAGGACAGCCAAUGAGAGCACCAGGGGGAUGAUAACUCGCUGAUGUCAAAGGACAAUGGUGGUUACCAUAGCAAUAUUUCUGCUCGUUCAGGUUGUCAUGUUUUCUUAUCAUCACUGGUGAUAUUUGAUAUUUUUCUAUUUCCUGUGAUUGGAUUCUUGUAAUAUAAUUAGUAGAAUAGAUAUUUGAUGAAUAGAUAUUUUCUAAAUGAGAUGGGGAUUAAAAAGCAGCUUAA